AUGGGGUUAAAGUGUACAAAUUAUUUUGAUAACUCAAAAUAUGAUUCACCAAAUAUUCAAAUAAUAACAUGUAAAUCAUGUUCAAGUCAUUUAUGUUUACUGGAUUUAAUAUUAUCUGAUAAUUUUAAUGGUUCAUCAGGUCCUGCAUAUUUAGUUGAUAAUUUAAUUAAUGUUGAAUUAAAUCCAAUAAUUGAAGAUACAAGAAUGAAAACUGGUUUAUAUAAAAUAAAUAAAGUAAAAUGUCAUCAAUGUUUCAAUAAUUUAGGUUGGUAUUAUAAAAAAUCUUAUUCAUAUCUGGAAACUUAUAAAGAAGGUAAAUAUGUAAUUGAAAAAAAUUUUAUAAAAUUUUCAGAAAAUUUAUCAACUACUCAAAUUUUAACUGAAAAAGCUAUACAAAAUAAAUUUAAAAGAAGAUUUAGUUCAACUUCAAGUUCAAGUGAUUCAGGUUCAAUUGACUUAUUAGAAAAAGAAGAUGAAAUUGAAGAAGAAGUUGAUGAAGAUGAUGAAGAUUUAAAAAUUGAAGAUAAUGGUAUUAAAAAUUUAAAUCAAAUUAUGGAAGAUACAAAAUAUAAUAUUGGUGGUAGAAAUAUUAUUAAUAAUACAAAUUUAGGAAGAAUAUAUUAUGGUAAUAAUAGGAAUAAUAAUGGUGAUAAUGGUAAAAAUAAAUAUAACAUUAAUUCAACUUUAAUUGAUGAUAAUAAUGAAAUAUCAUUUGAAAGAGAAUAA